AUGAUCACGCACUUCUUCAUGGACGGCUAUCCUACCGGCUGCGACUUUUGUGGCGUCGUGGAAUCAGCGGGAUCAUGCGCUGCUGUCUCGGUGGGUGAUCGAGUCUGCGGCGGAGAGUUCCCCUACCAUUCAGAUAACCAGAGCAACGGCGCGUUCGCGCAGUGGAAAAUUGCAGAUUCACGCUCAAUGCUGGUGAUUCCGACUGGAUGGAGCGAAACAGAAGGUGCCGCAGUCGGGGGUAUCAGUUGGGGCAUGGUAGCGAUGGCCGCCUCGGAUCCAGAAGCUCUUGGUCUCACCGGUACGCCAUCGAAGCCCGUAACGAAGCCCGGUUCUAUCUUGGUAUACGGUGGUGGCACAGUCACUGCUAAAAUGGUCAUGCAGAUAUUCAAAAUGUCGGGCUACUCCCCUAUCGCCGUAUGUUCACCUGCUUCUGCACACUUGGCACUGAAAUAUGGUACUGUUGGGACGGCAUCGUAUACGUCGGCAAAUUGCGUAGAGACAAUCUUGUCAAUCGCCGGUGGUGUACCUGUUAAGUAUGCGCUUGACUGCAUCACGGAUGCUGAUUCAGCCACCAUCUGCUUCAGCGCUCUAUCGAGAGCGGGGGGUCACUACGUCUUCCUGGAGAGGUUCGACGAGCGCUGGCGAACGCGACGCGCGGUCAAAGUGAAGGAGGUGAUGGGCUUCGAAAUGCAGGGCAUCGAUGUCGAUCUGGGCGACCCUGUAUACUCACGUGCUGCUGAUCCAGUCAGAAAAGCAGACUGCGCCAGAUGA